AUACUUUCAGAUGCUAAGGAGAUAAACCGCAAUAAUCCGAAGAGAUUAGGACCUUUCAUGAUAUGGGAUAAUGCAAAAAACAUCUUGGUGAAGUUCCACUUACACGGUCCUCCUCUUAGUAUUUCCGUCCAUAUCCCAACCAGUGAGCUGCGUUACAUUGCCAAUGAAAUAGAUGAUGUAGUUGGUGGCACCAACACAGUUGUAAUUUUUGGUAUCUGGGCCCACCUCACUCCUUUCCUAAUGCAAUUCUACAUCAGAAGGCUUUACGGCAUCCGCAGGGCGGUGAUUCGUCUGUUAAACAGGGCUCCAGACACGCUGGUGGUCAUCAGGACUCCAAACCUCAGAGGGAUAAAUCCCUAUAUAUUUGCCUUUAAUGACUGGUAUGCUAUUCAACAGGACAAGGUGGUCAGAGCUGUGUUCAAAGGACUUAAUGUUCAGCUGGUGGAUGCCUGGGAGAUGGUUCUGGCCCACCACCUGCCUCACUACGUUCACCCACCUCCUCCCAUCAUUAAGAAUAUGGUUGACAUUAUAUUGUCCCACAUGUGUCCCCAAUAG